AUGAAGAUUGCCAUUGUCAAGCCCGGGGUGCCCAUGGAGAUAGUCCUCAACAAAGAGUCACGAAGGAAAACGCCGGUGGCUGUUUCUUUGAAGGAGAACGAGCGUCUUUUUGGGGAUAGUGCCCUAGGAAUGUCCAUAAGGACCCCCAAGGUGGCAUUCAGGUACUUCCAGGACCUGCUGGGUAAACGUAUUGACAAUCCACACGUGGUGCUGUACCAGUCCCGAUUCCCAGAACAUGAGCUGGUGAAGGACGAGAAGAGGCAAACUGUUAUCUUCAAGCUGUCCCAAAUGAUACAGUAUUCUCCAGAGGAGAUGCUGGGCAUGGUCCUGAACUAUUCACGUGGUCUGGCUGAGGAAUUUGCAGAGCAGCCCAUCAAGGACGUGGUGAUUACUGUUCCUGCUUACUUCAACCAGGCAGAAAGGAGGGCGGUGCUGCACGCCGCCCGCAUGGCCGACCUGAAGGUGCUGCAGCUGAUCAAUGACAACACGGCCGUGGCGCUGAACUACGGCGUGUCAGGAGGAAGGACAUCAAUGCCACGGCCCAGCUUCUCUUUUCAGAAUAUCAUGUUUUACGACAUGGGGGCAGGAAGCACCAUUUGUACUAUCGUUACCUAUCAGACAGUGAAAACUAAGGACUUGGGAACCCAGCCUCAAUUGCAGAUCCAGGGCAUUGGGUUUGACCGUACCCUUGGAGGUUUAGAGAUGGAGCUUCGCCUCCGGGACUAUUUGGCCAAACUCUUUAACAAACAGCACCCGUCAAAAGACGUGCGGAAGAAUCCCCGGGCCAUGGCCAAGCUCCUGAAGGAGGCCAACCGCUUGAAGACCGUCCUGAGCGCCAAUGCUGAUCACAUGGCACAGAUUGAGGGGCUACUGGACGACAUCGACUUCAAGGCCAAAGUCUCAAGGCAAGAAUUUGAGGAUUUGUGCUCUGACUUGUUCCAGCGAGUCCCAGGGCCUGUGCAGCAGGCUCUGAGAAGCGCAGAGAUGAACCUGGAUGGAAUUGACCAGGUGAUUCUAGUUGGUGGUGCCACACGGGUCCCCAAAGUGCAGGAGGUUUUGCUGAAAGCUGUUGGCAAAGAAGAACUUGGCAAGAACAUCAACGCUGAUGAGGCUGCUGCCAUGGGAGCUGUGUACCAGGCAGCUGCUCUGAGCAAAGCCUUCAAGGUGAAGCCUUUUGUUGUUCGAGAUGCUGCUGUGUUCCCCAUCCAGGUGGAAUUCACUCGUGAAGUUGAGGAGGAUGAUAAAUCCAAGAGUUUGAAGCACAACAAGAGGAUCUUGUUCCAGCGCAUGGCGUCCUACCCGCAGCGCAAGGUUAUCACUUUCAACCGCUACACAGACGACUUCGAGUUCUACGUCAACUACGGAGAUUUGUCCUUCCUGAGCCAGGAUGACCUGCGGGUUUUUGGUUCUCUCAAUCUCACCACCGUGAGGCUAAAGGGAGUUGGGGACAGUUUCAAGAAGCAUUCGGAUUAUGAAUCCAAAGGCAUCAAAGCUCACUUCAACAUGGACGAGAGUGGAGUGCUGAGUCUUGACCGGGUGGAGUCUGUGUUUGAGGCGUUGGUGGAAGACAAGCUGGAGGAGGAGUCAACGUUGACAAAACUUGGAAACACCAUCUCAAGCCUGUUUGGGGGUGGUGGCUCUGCACCAGAAAUUGGAGAGAACCUGACAGACCUGGUUCAGGAAGAGGAAGAGAGCCUGGCAGAAGCAGGUAAAGAGGAGCAUGGGGAGAAACAAGACCAAAAAGGCAGUGCAGAAGAUGCAGGUGAAGAGAAGGGAGAGGAGAAACAGCCUCCUCCAGGUCAGGCAGAAACUGCCCCUCCGAAAGCAGAGUCACAGAAGAAGGAAGAAGGCGAGAAAUCAGAGUCUCAGGAUCCCAAGGAAAACGGAGAGAGUGUAAAAGAGGAAGAACCGUCCAAAAGUUCCGGUGACAGCACAGUUACCAAAACAGAGGAAGAGAAGAAGAUCAAAGCACCCAAGAAGCAGAAGCUUGUCCAUGAGAUCACAAUGGAGCUGGAUGUAAAUGAUGUACCUGACCUGCUGGAGGAUGAACUGAAGAGCUCAAUGAAGAAACUCCAAGACUUGACAGUGAGAGAUCUAGAGAAACAGGAAAGAGAGAAAUCAGCCAACAGCUUGGAGUCCUUCAUCUUUGAGACUCAGGACAAGCUUUACCAAGAAGAGUAUCAGUUUGUCUCAACAGAGGAGCAGAGAGGAGAAAUUUCCACAAAGCUUAGUGAGGCUUCCAGUUGGAUGGAGGAGGAGGGCUAUUCAGCCACAACCAAGGAGCUGAAAGACAAGCUUGCAGAGCUGAAAAAGCUUUGUAGGAACCUCUUUUUCCGUGUAGAGGAGAGGAGAAAGUGGCCAGAACGCUUGGCUGCCCUGGAAAGUCUGCUCAACCACUCGACCAUCUUCCUCAAGGGAGCCCGAAUGAUUCUAGAGUCUGACCAGAUAUUCACAGAAGUGGAACUGAGUACCCUGGAAAAAGCCAUCAAUGAAACCACGACUUGGAAAAACGAGACACUGGCUGAACAGAACAAGCUCUCUCCUACUGAGAAACCUAUCCUGCUAUCCAAAGACAUAGAGCUGAAGACAGCAGCCCUGGACAGGGAAGUGCAGUAUCUGCUGAAUAAGGCCAAGUUUGCAAAACCCAAACCCAAAAAGGAGAAGAAUGCCACAAAAACUGAUUCGGGCAAGAAUGCUACAGCAACCUCUGAAACUGAGAGCACUAUCCCUCCCACGGAGGGGAAACAAGAAGACAAACCCGAGGAUGUUGGUCCAGCCAAGGAACCUCCUACAGCGGAGAAAGUAACAGUAGACAACGAGCCUGGACCAGACUCUGGGUCCAAAAAAGAGAAGAAGACAGAAGCUGGAGGACAAAGCAGGAAAAACGACGAAUUAUAA